GCGUGCCGCCCGCGCAGGAGCACGCCAUCUCGCAGCUGCUGCACCAGCUCACUGCUGCUCUACACGCGGGCCAGAUAAAAGACAUCGCAACCUCGAGUGUAAUGGAGCUGUAUGGGUACAAAAUGACCUGCUUGGAACAACGACUGCACUCGCACUCUGUAGCGUUGCAGGGAGCAAGUGAACACAUGGCGUCUCUACAACACUCGCUAGCCAUGCUACAAGCAACCAACUCCUCACAACAAGACGUUCUAUACACAACACAGAUGCAAAACGAAAAACACAAAAAGACCAUAGAGGACCUCCACAAACAGCUGGAAGAUGCUGAAACCACAUUGCGAGGGUUCCGCGCGAAGCUUGCAGCAGAGAGACUGGACAAGGACAAUCAGAAGGAACAUCUUCAUAAGGAAUUCCGGUCCCAGAUCGCUACCAUAGAAAAUGAGAUGAAGGCACGCGAGCGGGAAGCCGAAGAGAGGCUAAAACAGGCGGAAACUGAAAACAAAGCGCUGCAGAAGAAGCUAGAACAGCAGACAACCAAAAACAGCGAGCUGGCUGGCGUGCUGAUAAAGUUCGAGGAGCGCGUCAAACAGCGCGACAAGAAGUUAGAGGACGCUGCCGCCUCGGAGGCGGCUUUGAAGAGGGAGAUAGACCACAAGGAGUCGAUGAUAAAACAGCUGGAAAAGACAGUGGCAGAGCGCGAGAACCGACUAUACCAAUUGACGUCACAGCUGGAGGAAAUGAAGCGAGUGCAGGAAAUGGUCGCCAAGCUUAUGAGCAAGAGCAGUUCCUCUACGCCCGUCAGCUAGCGACACCUAGCGGUUGUCAAGGUUACUCCAAUGAACUACCUUAUUCGACGCUCCGAGAUCUCACCGACUUUCCACAUUUUUAUACACUUUUUACUCGAUUUUGUCCGCGUCGUACCGUACUAUCAUGAAAAGGGUCCAGUCCCAAAAAUUGGAAUGCAUGUAGACUUUAUAUGUAUAACUUUUAAUAUUGCGUACAUGAAUGUAUCACUAAAAUUAUGUUGUAAUGGAAUAUAGAUACGAAUUGAUAAUUGAUAUUGUAUAGGAUAUUUUUAUAGCUCGACGAAAUAAAAUAUUUUAAUGUA